UAUCUCCACAGAUUCUCUCGUCAAGCUUGAAUCAAGUUCAUCAGAUUCUCUUCAAAGGAAGAAGGAAUUCGCUCUCUGGUUAAUCAAAUUCACCUAAAAGUGAAUCGAAAACCAGUCGGUAUGUAAUCCAAACUUCGAUAUGUCCAAUCAUUCCGUGAUUCGAUUUUGUUUCAUUUUCUUGUAUGAUUAUGUUUUUAAUUUUUGGAGGUUUUUUCGUUUGUUUUUUUGUCGAUCGUUGCUUCAAGAUUGAUUUCGAGUGUUGUUGGAGUAAGUUGGAUCAAAUUUCAAUAGCUUUGGAAAAAAUUGUUGCUCUGCUAAUGAUCUACUCUGCUUUUGUUUCUUUUUUCUUCUGAAUUUUGUUAUUUCUAGUGCUUUUGAUCUGCAAAACCGAAAGAGAAUUUGUUUUGCUCGUUUGUUUGUUCAUUGCUGAGCUUUGGCUUUCGAAGAUUAAUGGUGAUAUGGAAUUGAUUUACGUUAAUCUUGAGGUUAAUUAUUCGAUAAGGUCAACUAUGGUAGGCAUGCGUUCCAAGAAUUUUUGCACUAGCCUAGAUUUUCUACCUAGUUCUUCACUAUAUGUGAUAUCACAUAAAGAGAGAUCGGAGAUUUUUUCGAUAGAUCAUGGCAAUUGAGCAGUACGUUGAAGAAGCCAGAGUUCGGAACAGAUCACCAGAAGGUGAAGAUUCCAUGGAGAAGUGGCUGAAUUCACCAGAAGCAGUCACGGGCUCGGAUGAUUCGACCAGCUUCAACUGCAAUAUCUGCCUCGACACCGUGCAGGAUCCUGUCGUGACGCUGUGCGGGCACAUAUAUUGCUGGCCCUGCAUUUACAAAUGGCUUCAAUUGCAGUCCAACUCCACUGAGAACCAAGCCCCGAAACAGCCGCAGUGCCCUGUAUGUAAAGCUGAUGUUUCGGAUUCGACGCUUGUACCGCUUUACGGCCGGGGACAGACAAGCAAAGGAUCGAAAAGCAUGGUUUCUCAACUCGGCGUAGCCAUCCCAAAGAGGCCUCUUGGUCCUGAUCUUGGUACACCAAGAACACCUAAUACUGCAAGUAGUCCACAAUUUGCUGCACAUCAAAUACAUCAUUAUCCACCUUCUCUGAUGCGCAGUCCUGGUGGCACUUACUCAUAUCAACCGCAAGUGUACAAUUAUCCAUUUCCGCCCGUGCAUAGUCCCGGCGGCACGACAAUGAACGUAAUGGAUCCACUGGUGCGAAUGCUUGGUGAAACGGUACACACAAGGGUAUUCGGAGACUCGAUUACGAACUUAUACAUGUACCCGAACUCAUACAAUCUUGUGGGAAGCACUAGCCCUAGGAUCAGAAGGCACAUCAUGCGAGCAUACAAGUCACUCGACAGAUUAAGCUUUUUCCUCUUCUGCUGCUUGCUUAUAUGUCUUCUUCUGUUCUGAUCUUAAGCUUCUAGACCGACUAAAUCGAAUUAGUUCGGUUUAUUCGAUUAACAGACUAUUUGCACACCCCUAUGUCUGUAUAUACAAAUUCGGGA